GCGCAGGCGGCGUGACGCGGCGGCGGGGGCCGCCCCCUUUCUGUGUGGCGGCGGCAUGGAGGCGGCGGCGCUGGAGCGGUUCCGCAGCCCGGGGAAGGGCAGCGGGCUGCGCUCCCGGAGGCGGCUGCGGCCCGGCGAGCUGCUGUACCGGGCCGAGCCCUUCGCCUACGUGGUCAGCAAGGAGCUGCUGGGCGGCGUGUGCGAGCGCUGCCUGCGCAGGAAUGAACAUCUGCACAGAUGCUCUCAGUGCAAGGUUGCUAAAUACUGUGGUAAAUCUUGUCAGAAAGAAGCUUGGCUGGACCACAAGCAAGAAUGCAAAUGUCUUAAGAGCAUCAAGCCUAAUUUUCCUCCAGACUCCGUCAGACUUGCUGGCAGGAUUGUUUUUAAACUACUUAGACAAUCAGUAUGCAUUUCUGAGAGACUCUACUCUUUUUCAGAUCUUCAGUCAAAUACUGAACAACUAAGUGAAGAAAUGAAAGAUGGCCUCAGGCACCUUGCACACACCUUGCAACUGUAUCUGAAAGCAGAGAUCCAGGAUGCAUCUCACUUGCCAGCUGCAAUUGACUUUUUUCAGAUCUUCACAAAAGUGACCUGUAACUGUUUCACCAUCAGUAACGGAGAGAUGCAGGAUGUUGGUGUUGGCCUGUAUCCCAGCAUGUCUUUACUGAAUCACAGCUGUGACCCAAACUGUGUGAUCGUUUUUGAAGGAUACCAGCUUUUACUUCGUUCUGUCCGAGAGAUCCAGAUUGGUGAAGAGCUCACCAUCAGCUAUAUUGAAUCACUGAUGCCCACCAGUGAACGCCAAAAGCAAUUGAUGCGCCAGUAUUGCUUUGAAUGUGACUGUCAUCUCUGCCAGGAUCAAGAAAAGGAUGCUGAGAAAUUGGCAGGUGAAGAAUGUGCCUGGAAAGAAGUCAAAAAUGCUGUAAAUGAAGUGAGAUAUCCGAAAUCAAAAGAAGAGUGGGAGCAGGUUCUGGCAAGAUGUCAGAGUCUCUUGAGCAGUGACACGGGUCCUCUUCCAGACACAAAUAUCUACAAGCUGAAAAUGCUCGACUGCGCCAUGGAUGCCUGCAUCAACCUUGAAGCCUGGGAACAAGCUUUGUGUUAUGGCAGCAGGACUCUAGGACCAUACAGACUGUAUUACCCCGGCUUCCAUCCGCUGAGGGCUGUCCAGCUGAUGCGAGUGGGCAAACUGCAGUACAGUCAAGACAUGUUUCCUCAAGCACUGGAGACCUUGAAACAGGCCUAUAAUAUUAUGAAGGUGACCCAUGGGACAGAUCACAGCCUGAUGCAAACCUUGAUGGACUUAAAGGAGCAGUGCGAGGCCAUGAUGAGAAUACACUGAAGAAAUUCUCCAGUCUGGAAAACAAAAUAUUCAAGGAGAAAGGAAAUAUUUUAUUUUUUUUUUAUUAUUAUUAUUAUUACAUUAGGAAGCUUCUCAGUGAUUUUGGUGUCUUUACAUCAAGCCCUACUUUUAUUACAGAAAUUUGUUGGUUUUGCUGUAUGAUCUUCUGAAUUGAGUUAAUGGUUGGAGGAAUAUGUGCUAUUUUCAUAAAGUUCUUCAUUUCUACAAGGCAAAAUGGUAGUGGGUAAGUCUUAGUAUUUGAUCUUAAUAGAUGCUGGUGAUAAAAAUACAAACUUACAGCAAGGAACAAUUUUAUUCAUUUUUAUUUAAUAACCAGAAUCUCCAGUCCAAAUACCACUGACUGUAGGAAGAAUUGAGACUUGAAUUCUAACUCAAUGAUAUUUGACCCAGCUUCUCCCAUGUGUUUUAGGUAUUGAUUUCUGUAUCUGUCCCGUUAUCUCUGAAACAAUCACAAAGUCUCACCACCUGUUUUAUGUCUGUUUAUCAGAAUGCCCUUUGGAUAUUUUUUCCUAACAAACACCUAAUUUAGAUGAUAAUACUUGAUUAUCAAUUUACAACACCUAAUUUAAUUGAUAAUAAAUGCUGGGAAAUGCAUACAGUCUUAAUUUGUUACAAUAUAAUAUAAUUCCAUUGGCAUCAGCAGACAAUUUUUUUGUGCCAGUUUAUGCCAGCAAUUGAAGAUCUAGUCUCAGAAAUAUUCUAUGUAGAGAGAGCAUAUUCCUCCCUUUGACUUACCAUUUGGUGUGUUUCCCAAAAGCCUGAUCCAAUACUAUUUGACAUUAAAUAAAAGACUUCCAGUAUUCUAAAUGA